AAAUUCCAAACUCGGUACUAUUAUCAACAAUGAUUACUGAAUAAAACAUAAGAAAACCUUUGUCUAUCAAACAUUUCACUCGUUGAGAUAUUUCAAGAAAAUUUGCAGACAUACCAAAUGAUCAUCGACACAAACCGCAACGAUCAUUCUUUUGAAUGGGAGAUGCAACUUUAAGCGAUCUACAUGUACCAUUAUAACAAAAUUGGACAAAUUAUUGAUGAUGUCUAAUCUCUAUAUUUAGACCGAUCAAGAAAUUAUGGCUUAUAAGUUUUAUCAUCGGUUUUUAAAAGCCGAUUUUCAGCGCUAUAGAGAAUUCUUUCCGAAGAUCGAAUCGGAACCUUCCAGAGAUGGUGUUGCGAUGAUCAGCGGCACUUCGAACCCUCAGUCGAACGUACCUCUUAUCCAAGGCUGCAAGACGACUGACCACUCAACACGUGAUACAAUCAAACAAUGCCAUGAUUUGAACACCCAUACUUAUGCCGAGGACGAUGAGACCACGUCACCGAUACCCUCGCCGACAUCAUCUAUUCUUUCAACAACGUCCUCGAUUACCACAUCCUCAUCGUAUUCAUCAGAGAUCUCGAGAUCGAGAAGGAGGAAGGCUAGCCGACCUAGGAGAAGUCCGAAGAAAAAUGAUCCCAAGUUCAAGGGAGUAGCAUUCUCCAUGGUAACGGUCAGUUCACAUGGAAAUCAAGAACCAAUCCUCAGAAUCAAGUCGAAACUUAGCAUUCGUCGCUAUCAUCGUAUGCUAGCAAAGCGUUCAAUGGGGAGAUGGCGACACAGUUUCCAUCGCAGAUUCUGUUUCCAUGGCAACUCACACAAUGUCGGCCACGCCCAGUCCAGCUCGAGCUCCUCCGAAACCGAUAGUGACGUCGAAUUUAGACUGAUGAAGCUGAAAGCUUUCAAAUCGAGCAGGUUUGGAAUGGCGCCACCAUGGCCCAACGUUUUUGUUCGAUCCUUGAGGUGGUCUUCAAACAUCUCGUGCAGAGUAAGAAGGCACUCUGGGAGAUUACCACCACACACGAUACCAGACCCUUUAAAGGCACAAGGUAUGUCCUUACCCCCCUCCCCGAAAAUGAUAAAAUAA